AUGCGUGAGCCGAGAGAGAAGGUCGAGGUCUUUCGGAACUACUAUCUAAUCUCGUUUCAGACUUUGGUGAAUUUUGCCGAUGAAAGUGAAGAGAAAGGUAGAGCCAGGUCUCCGGCAAGCAUUUUCUCGUCCACACCUUCCUCUGCAGGAUGUUAUAUCCUCGUCUUCAAGAAUGGGGCGGUGACCUUCUCUCCUAGUGGAAAUGGACACAUAAGUCGGGUUAGGGAUCGGAUUCGUCGUCUCCCUGAUCCAUCCAUCUUGUCAGGCGAUUGGGUCUGUUAUGCCCUGAUAGACGAUAUCAUCGACAGCUUUGAACCGUACAUGCAAGCCGUGGAACGUGAGUCUGAAUCCAUCGAGGAUCAAGUCUUUAUUGCCCGUGUAGACGACGUUAGAUCCCUCAUCCCUCGUGCCGAAAAUCUCCGCAAAAAGAUCACGUAUCUUAUCCGUGCUCUGAGCGGUAAAGUGGACGUCCUGAAUGGCUUCGUCAAGCGGUGCCAGGCCAAAGACAAACCCCUCUUUCCCGAAGGUGAUCUAAUCAUGUAUCUGGGUGACGUACAAGACCAUCUGGUAACCACCAUGUCAAGUCUGUCGCACUUUGAUGAGAUCGUCGGUCGAUCGCAGUCAAAUUGCCUCGCGCAGAUCAGUGCCAAUAACCUACGCUUGAGUCUGAGCAUCAACGAAGUCCUCAGCAAGGUGACCGUGCUGGCCACAAUCUUCGUUCCACUGCAUAUGGUGACAGGUCUUUUUGGAAUGAACGUUACAGUCCCUGGUCAGGAUGUGCCUGGACUGGCCUGGUUUUUUGGGAUUGUGGGUUGUUUUAUUGCGUUCAUAGUCGUAUGUUGCACUAUUGCUACUAGAUAUAAACUGCUGUGA